AUGGACGAGUCUCUAACGCGCACGGCUAGUGCUGAGAGCACCAGAUCGCGCCAUGGAUCGCAUUCGCUGUCUGGCGCCUCGUCGCCCUUGGCCAACCGCAAGAGUCGCUCUGCCGACCCUGGUACCAGCCUGGGAGACGUAGACCGUGCCAGCAUAUCUAUGCCUCCGCCGAACCCCAAGCCUACUGCCCGCCAGCAGCACGACCGCAGACCCUCCAAGGCCUCCGACAGCUUGGUCGCCGCCUCCCUAGCCCUCGACCAGCCCGACUCCCAGAACACGUCCGCAAUCGACGAUGACCCAACACCUACUGUCGCCUCCGCCGCGGACAAAGAGUCCAACCGGAUGUCUUUCUCGUCCCUCUACUCGCUGGGCUCGCAAAUAUACAACAACGCCCGCAGCUCCGGCGGUCCCAGCUCUGUUGCGGGCAGUGAGCCGGAUGCAAAGUCUGACGGUCCUUCCCAUGGAGCAACGACGCAGACUUCAUCCUUCUCGGUCACGACUUCAAGCCACAACAACGGCCCCUCGCCAUCGCAGCUGCUUUCUCCCCGCGACCAGAGCACCGAUCCCAAUUCCGUCCCGGCCCCCUCUGUGAACGGCCAUCCCAUCCACACCCAGUCCGCCCCGCUUCUCCAGCAUCGUCGCUCGCGCAGCCGAACGCAUCAUCCUGCUAGGCGAACAAGUCAACAUGGCUCCAGUGUCGGUGGCAGCGGAAGUCCUGCCAGUGAACGCAGUUGCGCUGCAAGCAAGGAGAACGAGCCCAGAAAACCGCCUAUUGGUAUCAUCGGAGUGUGUGCCAUGGAUACAAAAGCACGAAGCAAGCCUAGCCGAAACAUUCUCAACAGACUCAUCGCCAACCAGGAUUUCGAGGUCAUCAUCUUUGGAGACAAGGUCAUUCUAGACGAAGAGGUGGAGAAUUGGCCCAUCUGCGACUUCCUCAUAUCCUUCUUCUCCGACGGAUUCCCCCUUGACAAGGCCGUCGCUUAUGCUAAGCUCAGGAAGCCGUUCUGUGUCAACGAUCUGCCUAUGCAGACCGUCCUCUGGGACCGUCGUAUAUGCUUGAAGAUUCUGGACAAGCUGAACGUGCCGACCCCGAAGAGAGUAGAAGUCAAUCGUGACGGCGGUCCAACACUCCCCUCUGCUGAGCUGGCGAGCAUCAUGUUCGAGAAAACUGGAGUGAAAUUGGAAGGUGCACCGGAUGGCACUGGAGGUGGCGUCAAGCCACCGCAGAGUGUCGAAAUGCUGGAGGACAACGACGUCAUCCGCGUGGAUGGCGUUGAGCUCCGGAAGCCCUUUGUUGAGAAGCCGACCAGUGGUGAAGAUCACAAUAUCCAUAUCUUCUUCCCAAAGAGUGCGGGCGGAGGUGGCCGCCGCCUUUUCAGGAAGGUCAACAACAAGAGUUCAGAAGCAGACGAUAGCCUGGAGGUCCCGCGAGCCAUCACCGACCCGGAAAGUAGCUACAUUUACGAGCAAUUUCUCCGGGUAGAGAAUGCUGAGGAUGUCAAGGCCUAUACCGUUGGCCCCGACUUUUGUCAUGCCGAAACCAGGAAAUCUCCCGUCGUUGACGGUGUCGUAAAGCGCAAUCCUAACGGCAAAGAAAUCCGCUACGUCACUGGUUUGACCAAGGAAGAAGUCGCGAUGGCCGCCAGGAUUGCCGAGGGGUUUGGCCAGCGUGUUUGCGGUUUCGACUUGCUUCGCACCGGUGACAAAAGCUUCGUCAUUGAUGUGAAUGGUUGGAGUUUUGUCAAGGACAAUAACGACUAUUAUGACAAAUGCGCGAGCAUCCUCAAACAGAUGUUCAUCCAACAGAAGCAGCGUCGUACUGUCGCUCCGCCACCUCAACAGCCAGCCAGCGAAAGCGACGAAAUACCUCCCCCCGACAAGCCAGGCCACUCGAGAAAAAACACACACAGUGGCCACAGUGGCCACAGGGCUCAGCUCAAAUCUAUACUCAAAUCCCCGAGUAUGUCACGUAUCGCGCACCACGUGGCUGGUCACCAUAGUCAUGGCUCGGGCUCACCUGAGCUUUCAUCUACUACCACCCCGAUCACGUCUCCGCCAAGUCUUGAAAAGGCUGCGCAGACUUCAUCGCCUGCCCCUGACAUGCUUCCACCUCCCGCUGUUGCAGACGUUACCUCGCAUCCCAAGACCGAGGCCGAGGAGCCGGCUGUGCCUCCACCAAAGCCGGCGUCCAAGGCCCAAUGGAAGCUGAAGGGCAUGGUUUCCGUUAUCCGACACGCCGAUAGGACGCCGAAACAGAAGAUCAAGUACAGCUUUCACACGAAGCCUUUCAUCGAUCUACUUAAGGGGCACCAGGAGGAAGUUCUGCUGACUGGCGAGGCUGCACUUCAGAGCGUUCAGAAUGCAGUCACCAGCGCUUUUGCGGAAGGCGAGGAGGACAGUGACAAGCUCAUGAGCUUGAGAAAUGCGUUGAAUAAACGCAUUGGAUGGCCUGGAACCAAGGUCCAAAUCAAACCCAUGUUCCGCAAGCGCAAGAAGGAGGAGAUGCCACCGGAGUUGCUGGCCGAGAUGCCUUCGGAGAGCGAGACCGAGAAAGCACAUGAAGUUCUGAACGGGGAGGAUAAGCCUCCUACGGAUCCUGAAAAGCUAAAGGCUUGGAGAGAGAAGAGAAGUGACUCUCUCUCGGGCAUAACUCUUUCACGGAUUGCCGCUGCAGAAAACAAUCUGAUCCUCGACAAGCUCCAACUGAUCAUCAAAUGGGGCGGUGAGCCCACUCACUCUGCUCGUUACCAGGCUCACGACCUCGGUGAGAACCUUAGAAACGACAUGCUUCUCAUGAACCGGGAUGCUCUGGAUGACGUCCGCGUCUACAGUAGUUCUGAGCGGCGUUCAACCACAAGCGCUCAAAUUUUCGCAACCACUUUCUUGAAUCAACAGGAGCUGUCACCGGAAUUCAUCGCUGUUCGGAAGGACCUUCUGGAUGAUUCUAACGCUGCCAAAGAUGAGAUGGACAAAGUCAAGAAGAAGUUGAAGAUCCUUCUGCGGCAGGGCAACAAAGCUCCACCGCAAUUUGCUUGGCCUGACAACAUGCCGGAGCCGUUCAUCGUCGUCCGUCGCGUUGUUGAACUAAUGAAGUUCCACCGCAAAGUUAUGCGGCAUAACUUCACCAAGUUGCGGAGCAAUGCAGCAUCGUCAUUGGUUGCUGUCGCGAAGGGCACUGCUGCGGACACGUCCAACGGAGGAGGCUCCGCGGUGGCAAACACGUCCGCCAACGUUACGAACAUCCAGGCCCGGUGGUGCAGCGGUGAAGACCCCGAGCUAUUUAGGGAGAGGUGGGAGAAGCUUUUCAAGGAGUUCUGCGAUGAGGAGAAGGUGGAUCCCAGCAAGAUCUCCGAGUUGUACGAUACCAUGAAGUUCGAUGCUCUUCAUAACCGGCAGUUCCUCGAAUGGGUCUUCACGCCUGAUAGCAGCCUGCUGGAGGAGGACACGCUCGAAGAGACGGCUAUUGGGAGCAGUAACACAGCAAGCGCCAAGUCUACUCAGCCGCCCAGCCCGUCAGAACCCAUGCAUGAUCCACCCAAGGAGCAGCCUCAGCACGAUAAGGGAAGUAUAUCCCAUCGUAUCGGCUUCAGACGCCGGUCCGAAGCCGCCUCGGCAUUCAAUAACCGGUCAAAGGAACAGUCCCCCGCGCCCGAGUCGUACUUCAACCUCUUCGAGGGUGUCGGCAACGGCUCACUGCCCUCCAAGGUCAAGACCGACGCCCGCCUGGAGCGUCUGCGCGAGCUGUACAAGCUUUGCAAGGUGCUCUUCGACUACAUCGGGCCGCAGGAGUACGGCAUCACGGAUGCGGAGAAGCUGGAGAUCGGGCUUCUGACGUCGCUGCCGCUGCUGAAGGAGAUCGUCAAGGAUCUAGAGGAGGUCCAGGCGUCGGAGGAUCCCAAGUCAUUCUUUUAUUUCACCAAGGAGUCGCACAUUUAUACGCUGCUCAACUGCAUUCUCGAGGGCGGCAUCCAGACCAAGAUCAAGCGCAACGCCAUCCCCGAGCUCGACUACCUCUCCCAGAUCUGCUUCGAGCUUUUCGAGUCACAAAACUCGACGAGCGCCGACGAGCCGAGCAGCUUCAACUACAGCAUCCGCAUCUCGCUCAGCCCGGGUUGCCACACGUUCGACCCGCUCGACGUGCAGCUCGACUCAAAGCACUGCAUCGGCAUUGCCCAGCGCCGCAGCCUCACUAGCCACCACGACUGGAUGCAGGUCAUCGAGACGCUGCGCGACAAGUUCCACACGGUCAAACUGCCCAAGAGCUUCAUCGCCAUCAAUCUCAGUGAGAAGGUGCCGCAGGCCUUCGGCAUGAAGUCGGACAAAGACUCGGCCGAGCUUUUGGCGGACAGGGCUGAGGACGUGGAGGGGGAGGUGAGGGAGCAGCUGGAAGAGAAGCUCGAGGAGGUUGAACAGAAGCUGGGGGAGGCGGAGGAGGUUUUGGAGAAGCAGGCGGUCACACCGCCGGAGCAACAGCAGGAGCAGGAGGUGCAGCAGACAUAG